AUGGGAAAGAUAGCGCAGCUGGUUCUACACCCUUUGGAAUUCAAGGCUGCUUUGAAGCUAAAGUUUUUAAGGAAACCCUUGUUUCCUUUGGACGACACCCAGGCUACUCCGGAAUUAAAAAGAUGUUAUGAACUUCUUGGAAAGACAUCUCGUUCUUUCGCUGCUGUUAUUUUAGAACUUCAUCCAGAGUUGCGCAAUGCAAUCAUGCUUUUUUAUUUAAUUCUAAGAGCCUUGGAUACGGUCGAAGAUGACAUGACCAUUGACCCAAAAAUCAAAGUGCCAUUACUUCGUGAAUUCGACCAAAAACUAGAGCUUGAUGACUGGUCAUUUGAUGGUAACGCACCCACUGAAAAGGACCGCUGUGUGUUGGUGGAAUUCCCUUGUAUAUUGAAGGAAUUACACAAGUUAAAGCCCGAGUAUCAACGAGUUAUCCGUGAGAUCACCAAGGAAAUGGGUAACGGCAUGGCUGAUUACAUCUUGGAUGAGAACUUUAACUUAAAUGGCGUUUCUACUAUCAAGGACUACGAUCUUUACUGCCACUAUGUAGCUGGGUUGGUCGGUGAUGGUUUGACUCAAUUAAUUGUUUUGGCUGGUUUUGGUAAUCCUGAUUUGUACGAUAAAUCAUCGGAUCUUUAUGAAAAUAUGGGUCUAUUUUUACAAAAAACAAACAUUAUCAGGGAUUAUGCAGAGGACUUGGAAGAUGGACGCUCUUUUUGGCCCAAAGAAGUUUGGUCUCAAUAUGCUGAAAAAUUGCCUGAUUUCUCGAAGCCUGGACACACACAGGCCGGUGUUUACUGCAUCAACCACCUUGUUUUGAAUGCAUUGAGUCAUGUGAAAAGCGUUUUGACAUACUUGAGUUCCAUCCAUGAACAGUCUUCCUUCCAGUUUUGUGCAAUCCCCCAAGUUAUGGCCAUUGCUACUUUGGCUCUUGUGUUUGGUAAUGAAAAUGUUCUCCAUGAAAACGUUAAGAUUAGAAAGGGGACAACAUGCUACUUGAUCCUAAAAUCUAGAACCCUUCGUGGCUGCGUUGAGAUUUUCCAAUAUUAUUUGCGUGAUAUUAAGAAGCGUCUACAAGUUGACGAUCCAAACUAUCUAAAGAUCAAUAUUCAGAUUGCCAAGAUUGAACAGUACAUUGAAGAAAUGUAUCAGGAACAGUUGCCUGUCGGUGUCAAACCUGUCGAAAGUGACAUUUACAAGAGGGUCAAGGAGAGAUCCAAAUAUGACAAGAAGGUCAUCCCAACUGAACAAGAUGAAGAAUUUAGAUUCAAUAUCGCACUCACCAUGUUCUUGACUGCAAUUGCUGCAGUCUAUUUCUAUUCCAAGUGA